UCUGGCCCGGAGGUGGGAAAGUGGAGCGCAGCGGGUCCGAGGCACAGACCUCUCGCGUCGAGGCUCCUCCGGCUGGUCCUUCCUGCCUGCGGCGGUCGCUGCUGCAGCAGCGUCAACUCCCACCAAGAACUGGAUCUUUUUGCUCAGCCUACAAGAACUGAAACUCUUACAGCACCCUCCUCCCCCAUUAGGAGUCUUUUCCCUCUGGUUUCCCCUCCCCCGCCCCAGCCCCUCCUUCCCCCGUUGGAGAAUUUCAUGCUUCUGUUAGCACCUUUUCAUAAUCCAGGGGACGUGACAGUCCAGAGCUCCAACUGCCUCAGCUGAAUUCUACUUUUGAUUUUAUUUCUCCCUCGCUUCCUCUUGUUUUCCUCUAAUCUGAUUCAUCUGCGAAUCUGACGCUUCUGCCAGAGGGAGCGAGGAAUAAAUAGAUGCUGCUGCCCCAGAAGGCUUAGACGUCGGGAAAGAACAGCCAGAGAGGCAGGGGCGGCGGCGGCCGGAGGUCGGCGGAGCUCGUGGGACCCCAUUGGGGGAAUUUGAUCCAAGGAAAGAAACUGAGAUCGUCGGGGGAGGAGAAGCUCCCAGAUCAUUGUGUCCACUUCCAGGGGGGAAGAGGGGACCGCGAAGCGGGCCUGUCGGCGUCCUCGGCACUGCUGAACCCUGCCCCGUCCUGCCGGCAUCAUGGUCUGCGGCGGUCCAGGAGGGAUGCUGCUGCUGCGGGCCGGGCUGCUCGCCCUGGCUGCGCUCUGUCCGCUCUGGGUGCCCGGAGCACGAGCUGCAGCCUGCGAGCCCGUGCGCAUCCCCCUGUGCAAGUCCCUGCCCUGGAACAUGACCAAGAUGCCCAACCACCUGCACCACAGCACCCAGGCUAACGCCAUCCUGGCCAUUGAGCAGUUCGAAGGUCUGCUGGGCACCCAGUGCAGCCCGGAUCUGCUCUUCUUCCUCUGUGCCAUGUAUGCGCCCAUCUGCACCAUUGACUUCCAGCACGAGCCCAUCAAGCCCUGCAAGUCUGUGUGCGAGCGGGCCCGGCAGGGCUGCGAGCCCAUCCUCAUCAAGUACCGCCACUCGUGGCCCGAGAGUCUGGCCUGCGAGGAGCUGCCUGUUUAUGACCGUGGCGUGUGCAUCUCUCCCGAGGCCAUCGUUACCGCGGACGGAGCGGAUUUUCCUAUGGAUUCUAGUAAUGGAAACUGUAGAGGGGCCAGUGAACGCUGCAAGUGUAAGCCUAUUAGAGCUACACAGAAGACCUAUUUCCGAAACAAUUACAACUAUGUCAUUCGGGCUAAAGUUAAAGAAGUAAAGACCAAGUGCCAUGAUGUGACUGUAGUAGUUGAGGUGAAGGAGAUUCUAAAAGCUUCUCUGGUAAACAUUCCAAGGGAAAACGUUAACCUUUACACCAGCUCUGGCUGCCUGUGUCCUCCACUUAAUGUUAAUGAGGAGUAUAUCAUCAUGGGCUAUGAAGAUGAGGAACGCUCCAGAUUACUGUUGGUGGAAGGUUCUAUUGCUGAGAAAUGGAAGGAUCGACUUGGUAAAAAAGUUAAGCGCUGGGAUAUGAAGCUCCGCCAUCUUGGACUCAAUAAAAGCGAUUCAAGCCAUAGUGAUUCCACUCAGAGUCAGAAGUCUGGCAAGAGCUCCAAUCCCCGGCAAGCACGCAACUAAAUCUUGAAAUGCAGAAAGAACACCAGUGGACUUCCUAUUAAGACUUGCAUUGCUGGACUAGCAAAGGAAAAUUGCACUAUUGCACGUCAUAUUCUAUUUUUUACCACAAAAAUCAUGUGGUAACUGAUAUUACUUCUAUUUUCUCUUUCAUUUUCUGUUUUUCUCUUCCCUCUUUCUUUUUUCUUUAUUGUGUUCUGAGUGCAGCUCCUUAAAUAUAUGUAUUCUGUUUCACUAAUCCUGGGAAAACUAUUCUCUGCAAUAAUAAUAAAUUAAACAUGUUGAUACCAGGGCCUUUUUGCUGGAGUAAAUGUUAAUAUGCUGUUCUGCACCCAGAUUGGGAAUGCAAUAUUGGAUGCAAAGAGAGAUUUCUGGUAUACACAGAGAGCUAGAUAUGCUGUGAAACUUAGUCUGCUCAUCUAAUUACAGCCUCAUUUUCACAUGCCUUUUGGGCAUUCUCCUCAUGCUUAAAAGUUCUGAAUGUUUAUAAAGGUAAAAUGGCAGUUUGAAAUCAAAUGCCACACAGGCAAAGCAAUCAAGCACCAGGAACCAUUUAUGAGGAAACGACACACAAGAUAAAUUAUUUGCAAGAUUGGCAGGAAGCAAAAUAAAUAGUGCUAGGAGCUGGGGAAGGAACAUUUUGCCUGAUUGAGAAGCACAACUGAAACCAGUAGCUGUUGGGGUGUUAACAGUAGCAUUUUUCUUUUGACAAUACAUUUGGUUUGUUUGUGAAUAUAUUAAUCAGCAUUAGGGAAGUGAAUUGUAACUAGACAUCUGCUGUUAUCAGCGUACCUCUGUUAAGUUUGCUUCCCUUUAAAUAAACCCAUUGGUGUAA